GGCACUGAUGAGGCAGCACUGAUGGGCACUGAUAGGCAGCACUGAUGAGGUGGCACUGAUAGGCGGCACUGAUGAGCUGGCACUGAUGCAGGGGCGGACUGACAACUCAUGGGACCCCAGGCAAUAGGGGAUCAUGGGGCCCCUGUGUCCUCGCCCAAACUCAAAAAAGCCUACGAAAAAGGUACCAGGGGCAUCUCAUGGGGCCCCCUACUGACCCCGGGCCCUCGGGCAGUGCCCAAGUUUCCAAAUGGUCAGUCCGCCCCUGAUACGGAGCAUCUU